AUGCCUCGAGGAGGCCAUAAAGGAGGUUUAUUUCCAGUGAGUGGGAUAAAAUGGGGAAUGAAUGAGAGAAUAAAAAAAAGAGGUUUAUAUCAUAAUAGGAGAGAAGAUAUUUUAACUCCAAGAUGGGGAUAUAGAUAUGAAAACAGAAAUAAAAAGUAUUUACCUGAUGGUAGUUCUAAAUCCUUUGAUAUAGAUGCUUCUAAAGCUUGGCCAAAGGAAAAAACACAAUGGAACUAUUAUUAUAAUAUUAAUGAAAAUAGAUAUAUAUGGCCAAGUAUUUGCGCUUAUAAUCCAGAAAUAAAAAAUUAUAUUUUAAAUGUUUUAGAAAGCAGUGAAAAACAAUUUAGUGGAAUUGGUUUAGAAGAAGUAUCAAAUGAAAGAAGUUUCAAAAAAGAUUCUAUAAGUACAUACAAUAAAAAUAAUUAUUUAUAUAAAUUAGCAAAUGAAUUUAAUAAUUCUAUUUAUCCUCAAAUUGAAAUUAACUUAAAUAAUAAUUUAAAAAGGGGAAAGAUUCAAAAGUUAUACGAUAUAGUUCGUGAAGAAAAUAUAUGGAAAACUACGCAAAAAAUUAAAACUGUUGAAAGUAAAAAUGUUUUCCCAUAUGUUGAUGAUAAUUCUACUUUAAUUCGAGAAUUGCCUUUAUCUGAAAUCUUAUAUACAAAGAGCAAUUUACGCUUAAAAGUUAGAAGACAUCCUAAAUGGAUGAAUGUACAAUUUUUAAAAAAAAAAAUAAAAAUCCCAUAUUUGUAUAGGAGGAGAGUUGCUAGGGAAGAAUUACAAAAAAAAGAAUUUGGCUCAUUUUUUUAA